AUGCCUGACACCGAUUUUUUCCAUACGAAUAAUAAAAAUUAUUCUUUUGAUUUUGAAGAUUUCAUUAAAACAGAAAUAGGUUUAGAUCAAAUUUGUCAAGAUUUUUUACGAGGAACAUGUACGAAAGGCAUGAAAUGUGAAUUCAAGCAUACUACAAAUUUUCGAGAAAAAGCCGUAGUAUGCAAACAUUGGUUACGUGGACUUUGUAAAAAAGGGGACCAAUGUGAAUUUUUGCAUGAAUUUAAUAUGAGAAAAAUGCCCGAGUGUUGGUUUUAUUCUAGAUAUGGUGAAUGUAGUAAUGAAGAUUGUAUGUACUUACAUAUCGAUCCGGAAAGUAAGAUAAAAGAAUGUGCUUGGUACGCGAGAGGAUUCUGUAAACACGGACCACAUUGCAGACAUAAACAUGUACGAAAAGUUGUGUGUCAAUUGUACUUGAGUGGGUUCUGUCCAAAAGGAUCAGAUUGUCCCAACGGACACCCAAAGUAUGAAUUGCCCACAGUACAACGAGAUCAUGAUGGACUUGAAGAUGAAGGAAUUCAAAGGCAUUUAAUGGAAAAUGAAGAAUGUGGAGACAAAGGACAUUUUGCAAAUAGGUGUCCAAGAGGACAAGGAAAUCGUUAUUAG